ACUGGGGGUGGCACCUCCCAGAGUCAGAGCGGGAGUAGCGGGACUUUAGGACGCAGGAGACCCCUAGUUCAGUCGUCCGUCGGGAGGGACAAGUUGCCUCUCGGCGCUGAGUCCUGAGGUGCAUCCCCCAAGCUGUAGGGAGACCGGAACUGGAAACCAAGAUCAUCGAACCCCGGAGCCUGGGAGCCCAGUGGAGCUGAGGAGGGACAUAGGGACCAUGCCAUACCUGCUCAUUAGUACCCAAAUUCGUAUGGAGGUGGGUCCCACAAUGGUGGGAGACGAGUUCUCUGACCAGGAGCUGAUGGAAUAUUUGGGGGCCACUAAGAGGAAUGUGCUGGGAAACCUUUUUUGGGAAUACUAUGUCAAUGACCCACCCCGAAUCGUUCUGGAUAAACUGGAGGCCCGGGGCUAUCGUGUGGUGAGCAUGACAGGCGUGGGCCAGACACUUGUGUGGUGCCUACACAAGGAAUAACCAUGUCCCAUCUGAGUUUUUGGCUCCUUUCAGGCCUGCAUCCACCUGGAGAGGUCCCUGUGUACCAGCUGCCCUAUCCUCCCAAGCCCUUGUCUAGGACAGCCAAGAUCCCUGUCUGGGUGGAGUGACGCUGUCUUCCUGAUCUGUCACGUCUCCCUAGCCAGCAUCUACAGCCUUCACAGCAACCCACUGCAGUCAGUGACUGAGGUCCCUAGCUGCUGAGGCAGUGCAUGCACUGACACCCCCUUGCCAGCCCCCCUCAUCCUCAUAGCCACCCUGACUCGAUGGCACUGUGCAGGCCCUGACACAGCCAGCAGGGAAGUUUUCCUAGAGGGAGAAGAAACCUUACCCAGCUGGGAAGCCCAAUCUAAUCCUAGAUUUCCUUAGCCAUGAAACUGAGCACAGUCUGAAGAUGCCCCAGGUCAAACUAUAAGGUAGUCCAAGACAAUAAAGAACUGUGAUGAGUUGUUGCUUUUC